UGAUGAUUAUUUGAUGAUUAUUUGAUGAUUAUUUGAUGAUUAUUUGAUGAUUAUUUGAUGAUUAUUUGAUGAUUAUUUGAUGAUUAUUUGAUGAUUAUUUGAUGAUUAUUUGAUGAUUAUUUAUUGAUAUUUUGGGAAUAAUUGAGUAAAAGGUAUGAGGGAAGUGUUGGUGGUUUCUGAGAGUGUAGAAUUGGCGGAGGAAUAUUAUUUAAGUUUUAAUAAGUUUUCCAGCGGAUCAACUUCUCUUCUAGGACAAGUUACAAAGGCAAGUUUUUUCUCUUCUCUCGCCUCUUCAGGCACUAAAUCUCUCAACACUAAAUCUUUUGGUUUAAAAUCUCUCAGUUUAAAAUCUCUCAACACGAAAUCUUCCGGGUUAAAAUCUCUCAAUACAAAAUCUUCCGGGUUAAAAUCUCUCGGGUUAAAAAAUGAGUUUGAUUAUUUGACGUUUGAGCAAGUUAAGAGUUCGGGGUUGGAAGAUGAAAGGUAUGAGUUAAUUUUAGUAGUUUGUGACGAUACGGAUGACUUUUAUGGCGAAAAAGGUUUGGCCAACUUAACUCUGUUUCACAACUCGCUCCUGCCAAAUGGUAAAUUCGUUCUUGCCGUCCCUCUCAAUUCUCCACAUGAAGAAGAAAUGAGGAAGGAGUUAAUGUAUAGCGGAUUAGUGGAUGUAGCAUCCUGUGCAUACUAUCUUACCAAGUUUAUCACAGGGGUUAGGCCGAACUGGAAAGCGAAAGGUGAUAGGAAAUCUUCCAGCAUCCAUGCCGCUCCCAUUGACGGGUACAUAUCCAAGGCGCCAGAUUACGAAUCAUGCUCCACCAAACCCAGAGCAUGCGCUAAUUGUACCUGCGGCAGAGCCGAACGCGAAAAUUUAAAUUCCACAGAUUCUAACGCUAAUUCUACAGAUUUUAAUGCUAAUUCUACAGAUUUUAAUGGUGUAGAUUUGACUACUAAUUCUAAAGAUGUGAGUGGAGUAGAUUUGGUAGUGGAUGUUGAUGCGCCAACGUCGUCUUGUGGUAACUGUUACCUUGGUGACGCUUUUAGGUGUGAUUCAUGUCCUUACAAAGGCCUGCCAGCCUUUAAACCUGGCGAAAAGGUUUUACUCGAAUAAUUCAAUGUACUAUACAUUA